AGAAAUCAGGAAUCUAUUCACAAUUGUAUUUGACAACAUGAAAAGGUAAAUGCAAAAUUUGUUGUGGUGUAAUCAUGUUUUCAUGCCAUUUUUAGGGUCCAUGAUACCAUUUUCUAUGAGAGUCUUGCAUGCAGAACUUCCACAGUAUUUAGGGAAGCCACAGGAAUCUCUGGACAGGCUACACACCAUGAAAGUAACAUGUAUAAAGAUCAUUGAUAACCUGGAAAAUGGACUAGCUGAAGAUGGAAGUAUGAUCAGCGUAUCCUCUGAAAACAGGCAAGCUUCUAUGCAGUUGUGGAGGUCACGUCUGGGGCGUGUGAUGUACUCCAUGGCAAACUGCCUGCUGAUGAUGAAGGAUUAUGUACUUGCAAUUGAAAUGUACCACUCAGUCAUCCAGUACCAACCUGAACAAGAGCCUCAGCUUCUAAGUGGCAUAGGAAGGCUACUUUUGCAGGUAUGGUCAAUGGAAGAAGUCACAAUUGUUUUUAUCCUAUAGCCUUGUUCAUUGAAG